AUGGCAAAUAAUAUCAGCACGGAUUUUUCACGUACUGAUUUGAAUGUUGAUAUAUUUGAUACCUUUAAUGAAGAACAAAGUGAGUUCAUGACUCGUAAUGUAUCAACUAUUUCUACAGACUGCUUCUUAAAUUCUAGUAUUCCAUCCGAAGAGUCUAUGGAUUUAAAUCAAACGCAGCAAAGUGAUUAUGAGUCUGACCACGAUACUGAUGAAAACAUUAAACCUACAAUCCAAAAUGGUGCUACCUUUUGUAAUUGGAAGUCUUUGGAGGACACAUUAAAAGAAUAUGAAUUAAAAAUUGGAUUCAAGUCAAUAAAGUAUCGUGUAGAACGUGAUAAUAGUGGUGAGAUAAUUCGCCAGUAUUUUCUUUGUGAAAAUUCUGGAGAUCAUCAACCCAAAAAAAAGGCCGACACCACUUGCCAGAGAGAAAAGGAGUCAAAAAAAGUCGGGUGUGAAUGGCAGCUUAACGCAGGAUAUCGAAAGAAUCUUGGUGCCAUAGUUAUUAACAAGUUUGUUGAAAAUCAUAAUCACCCACUUGCGCCACAUCGAAAGGAAUUUGCCCCAAGACUACGUUCUCUUUCACAAGAGGUCUUUGAUGCAAUAAAGUUUUUGACACAGGAGUGUAAUCUUGGAGCCAAGGCCCAGCGCCGGUAUAUUUCAAAAAAAUUUCCCGAUCAACCAUUAUAUGACCGUGACUUGUACAAUGCUAUACGGCGAUAUACAAAACAAAUGGGAAAUCAGCGAGAAAAUGAUGCAGCCGAUAUGGUAAAAUGGCUUAUGGAACAGCAAGAGCGAGAACCCGGGUGGGCAAUUUAUAUAGAGUUUGAGGGCGCCAAGAUUUAUGUAUUUACUACAUUUUGUGCUGGGAUGCAAAGCACCCAACGGGUAGAAAGCCUUAACGGAAUUAUCAAAGGUGAAGUUGGUGCAAAAAUGACACUUCUUAAUUUAGGCAAAUCUAUUCAAACUAAGCUCGAACGUGAAGCACAACAUCAACGAUUAUCAGAAUAUAAAAAUGCACUACCUACUCGGGGACUUCCGACCAUUUCAAGUGUUUUUUUUAAAACUAUUCAGAAUGACAUCAAAAAAUUCUUAACAUUAGAAUCAGCUUUGGUUCAAAAUAUUCAAGUAUCUCAGAGUAUUUUGUAUCGGGCACAUUCAGUAGAAAUUCCAAAUAAUUUAAUGCUAUCUAAAGCUUAUGAAUAUUCAGAAGGGUACCUCGAAAACGAAUACGAUACAUUACAAGCUUCGCUCGAAACCAUUGUAAAUAUGGUGAAUCAACCAAGCACAAUUAUGGAGAUGAAUCAUGUAACAUCAAUUCGUGGACCAGAUAUACUUGAACCUAUUGACGAAUUCGUAGGAUUGAUAACAAGAUUUAUUGAGAACCAUACUGGUGUCAAUGCUAAUCAACGAAUGUUAGUUGAUAUAACUCAAAUUGACAACCCAAAAAAAUUAACCCAUAAGGGGCGCCCCAAACGGUCAAGUUCCACACAAGAUGAUAAUAUUUUUCAGGAUCUAGCUAUAGGAAAUGAAGAGAAUUCAAGAUCGGCAAAACGAGUUAACGUUGAAGCAAAUAAGGGUG